AUGUUAUCAAAUUCAGAUUCCGAUCUUAUUUUAAAAUCUUCGCCAGUGAGCAGUAGCAGCCAGGAAACUCCAUCAGGCUUCUAUGCUCAAACGCUUAGUUCUGUUUCCUCCUCGGUGCAGCUUCUCGUGAACGGCGUGGAAACGCAGAUUCGUGAGGAGACGGAAACCAGGCGUAGUAGACUGCGUGAGCCUUCAGAAGCCUCGCUUGAGGCAGCAAUGGACCGGCUAGCGUUGCCACAUCUGGCGCCACUGGAACUUGCACAGCAAGUAGAAGAUUUGACUGUAGAUCCUGCAAAAAAUGUGUUCUUGUUUGUAAAUCCGAUGAGCGGUGGAAAUCAAGCUGCCGCUUUCAUGGAAGCGGGUUUGGAACACAUAAGACUGACGGUUUCGGAGCCCGUGAAUUUAUGGAUUUGGGACAUCAGACAAGGGAGUAGCGGGAAAAAGCCAGGGUUCUACAAGCUAAAGAAACUUGUCGAUGCUCUUAAUCUGAAAUUGUCGAAAGAGCAAAACACCGAAAGUAAACCGCGAGACGAAGUCGUCUACGUCAUUGUCGCUGGUGGGGACGGAACCGUCAUGUGGUGCGUGACUGAGAUGUGGGUGCAUGGGAUCGAUGACGACAGAAUUGCACUCGGAGUGGUUCCGUACGGAACAGGAAACGAUUUUGCAAGAGCCCUCGGUUGGCAGAAGUUCAAUGCGGCUCGACCUUACGACAAUAAAUUCAAGGUGUUGAAGGAACUUGUACGGGAAUGGUUACAAGCGAAGAUUGUUUGGCAUGAUAUUUGGGAGGUGUCGCUGAAAGUUCAACCAGAAGGGACGUUUCAGAAGAUUGACGCAUCGACAAGAAGAAAAAAGCCUGUGACUGGAAUUCUUCCCGUUAUUAGAGAAGAAGUCUUAACGAAGACGAUUUCUACAUUUGAGGCUCUUGGAGAACCACCGACUCAUUUAGAUAACAAAAUACUUCGCUUAAAAAUGUGUAAUUAUUUCAGUUGUGGAAUUGAAUCAAGAGUUGGAAUUGGAUUCGAUCGCCACAGAACAAAGAGUCAAUUUUUCAACAAGAUGAUGUACGGAAUUGAGGGUGGCAAGAAGGCGUUUUUUAAGCCAACCCAAAAGAUUAAUGACAUCACAGAUACUUUGAUAGAAGGACAUGGUAGAAACAGAAUGAAAUCUCUUAUUGUUUCAAAUAUUCCAAGCUUUGCUGCUGGUCUCGAUUUAUGGGGGACAACCAAGAAUAUUGGGGUCAAACCACCUCCGGAAUCAACCCAACAUCAACAGAAAUUAGGCGAUGGGGAAGUUGAGUUCAUAGCUUUUUCUGGAGUGGUUGCGAUGGGGAUUGAACGCGUAAGUGAUAGACUUAGCAGGCCGCCCCCAUAA